UCAUUUUUAGGCGAAGCAAAAAAAUAAAAACCUCGAAGAUUUUCAGUUGGUCACGAAUUUUACCAUGAAUUUUUAGCUCAAAAUCUUCAUCGAUCUCGGUCAAAAUGGAGCAGCUCAUUCCAGUGAUUAAUAAACUUCAAGAUGUAUUCAACACAGUUGGAGCUGAGUCGAUUCAAUUGCCACAAAUCGUUGUAGUUGGCUCUCAGAGUAGUGGCAAGAGCUCAGUGCUAGAAAACAUUGUGGGAAGAGAUUUCUUACCAAGAGGUUCUGGUGUAGUAACUCGUAGGCCGUUAGUUCUCCAGCUCAUUCAUGUUGCUUCCAAGACAAAACCUGUGAAGAAAUCUCAAAAGGAUUCGGAAAAAGAAGAACUCAAGGCAGAAGAAAAUGCAGGUGAUAAAUUUUACAGUGAUGAUAAUGAGGAUGACRAGGAAGAUGGAGAUGAGAAGGAACCAGAGGAAUGGGGAAAGUUUUUACAUUUAAAAGAAAAGAAAUUCAGUGACUUUGAUGAAAUAAGAGAUGAGAUUGAGAGAGAAACUGAGAGAGUAACUGGAGUUAACAAGGGUAUUUCAAAUGAACCAAUUAAUCUCAAGAUUUUUUCUCCAAAAGUAGUCAACCUGACACUAGUUGAUCUUCCUGGCAUCACAAAGGUACCAGUAGGCGACCAACCUCAUGAUAUAGAGGCCCAGAUCCGUCUUCUCAUUCUUCAGUACAUCAGAAAUCCUAACUCAAUCAUUCUCGCUGUCUCUCCGGCUAACAUUGACCUGGCUACAUCAGAGGCACUUAAAUUAGCCAAGGAGGUGGAUCCAGAAGGUCAUCGAACCCUUGCAGUCAUUACUAAACUAGAUCUGAUGGACCAUGGGACAGAUGCCUUAGAAAUGCUGUAUGGAAGAGUUAUUCCAGUGARGUUGGGAAUCAUAGGUGUUGUCAAUCGUAGUCAACUAGAUAUCAACAAUAAAAAGUCAAUACAAAAAGCAUUGAGAGAUGAAGCAUUUUUCUUCAGCAAGACUUAUCCAACCUUAGCCUCCAGAAAUGGAACGCCGUACUUAGCAAAGACACUGAACAAGUUGUUAAUGCACCAUAUACGAAAUUGUUUACCAGAGUUAAAAUCCCGUGUCAAUAGUAUGAUUUCCCAGUAUCAUCACUUACUCCAGAGUUAUGGAGAACCUGUAGAAGAUAAAGGACCAUACCUUCUUCAACUUAUCACUCGAUUUGCUGCAUCGUAUUGCUCAAUAAUUGAAGGAAGAGCAAAAGACAUAGAAACUUCUGAACUUUGUGGUGGUGCUCGUAUAAGUUACAUAUUUCAUGAUAUCUUUGGACGCACGUUGACAAACACAGAUGCCAUGGAGGGACUCUCCACUAGAGAUAUYCUAACUGCCAUUAGGAAUGCAACGGGUCCAAGGCCUGCUCUUUUUGUGCCAGAGAUAUCCUUUGAACUACUGGUUAAACGUCAGAUAAGACGUUUGGAAGAACCAAGUUUGAGAUGUGUGGAACUUGUGCAUGAAGAAAUGCAGAGAAUUAUACAACAUGCCUUCCAGCAGGUUUUGGAGAUUAAAAGAUUCCCCAAACUACAUGAUAGUAUUUUUGAAGUGAUCACUGAUCUGUUACAGCGGCGGCUUUAUCCUUGCAACAGUAUGGUUGAGAAUCUAGUAUCCAUUGAGCUUGCCUACAUCAACACUAACCAUCCAGACUUCACAGAUGGAACUUUACUUGUCUCUACUGUUGUGCAUAGUCAAGAARUKGAGAGAAAACGACGAUUAGCCCAAAACAGCUUGUCUAAUGGACCAUUAGAGGGUGUAAAGUCCCAGACAUCAACACCAGUAGGUAGUCCAGUACANGGAGCAAGAGCAGCAGAGAGGCAAGAAGAGUUGAACCCCAACAAUCCAUCUAACUCAGUUCCAGUUGACAGCAGCGGUGGUGGAUUCAUGUCUUGGAUGCCUAGUAUUAGAAGCUCAAAGUCUGCAGAUCAGUCUGACGCUGCGAAGCAAGUCCCAGCUGUACAGGAUUUUCCAGCAGCACUUCGACAGAGAGGCUUGACUGACAGAGAACAAAUGGACUCGGAUAUUAUAAGAAAAUUAAUCAUCUCCUAUUUCGUAAUUGUGCGCAAGUCAAUUCAAGAUAGUGUUCCAAAGGCAAUAAUGUGCUUUCUGGUCAAUUUUGUACAAGAGAGAAUCCAAAGUGAACUUGUUGAGAAACUUUAUAAGAGUGAAAAGUUUGACAGACUUCUUGAGGAAUCAGAACAUAUGCAAAACUUGGGAAAAUAAUAUAAAAUCAUGAAGUAGUCUGUCAAGAAGUUCUGACACAAAUAAUACCAGCAGUAGAGAACCAAGUGACUGCUAACAACAAGAUAGCCAAGUGACGAAAUGGUUUCUAUUAAGA